AUGUUAAGUUUAAAAAAAGAUCAACGAAAACAUUUAGAAUUAUUGUGCCAUCGUUCUUCGGAAGAUGUUGUGGAGCUAUAUACAGGUGUGGUACAACAAGCAGUUGAGGCACUUAUUGCCUUACUCAUUAAUGCCACUAAGAGCAAUGCUAGUGAGUUUGAUCUGCAACGUUUACAACAGGAGGAAGGCUAUAGUAAUGACGUCAUGGAAGUGUUGACACAAUUCGUAAGCAGCAAACGACAUUUCGUUGAGGGGUCGAUCAAGUCGGCUAAUAUUCGAGCAUAUCGUUUGGUUAACAUUGAAUGGCGUUUGGAGGUGCGAUUAGCUACACGAAGCCUAUUACAGCAAAGUAAUAUACGAGUAACAAUGAAGUUAUAUUUACACACCGAACCAAAAAAUGAAAACAGAGAUCUCCUUGAAGAUGGUGGAGGACAGUCAAUUCAUUCUGAUGAAAGACGAAAUCGUAAGGACCUGUUAGUGCAAACCGAUUUGAGUAGUUUGGUACAUAUGAUUCAAGUAUUAGAAAAUGCUCUUUAUGAAUCGAAAAACAGACGAAUACGCAACAUCGUUAGUGCAAUCCAUUGAUAAACAAUAGUAUUAUACGUCUUUAACACUAUUUUAUUAAAAUUAAAACUACCAAUAUAAAUAUA